CCCAUGUCCCCUUGCCCGGGUCACCGUCACCACAGUGGCCAUUGGGGCUGAGGGGGCUCCCAUGGGAGCUGCCCCCCUUGUCCCACACCCCCACACCUGUGUCCUUGCUCUGUUGGGCAGCAUGGCCAAAACCCCUCUGGAUCCAGGGGGACAGACUGGACCUGGGGCCAGACCCAGCCCAGAACUGGGACAGGGCUCCCGGUAUGAACCGAGAGGAGCCCAAUGAAGUCCCUGGGAGAGGGGCUCCCUGGGAGCCGGACAACGGAGGCAGCUGUCCCCAGCACUGGCAGUGGGGCCUCUGGAUCCUGUUUUGCCAUCCAGCCUGGUCAUUCCUGGUCAUUCCCAGUGUCUCCCCUGCCCCGCUGUCCCACAGGGGGUACUCCAGGGAGGCCGAGGGAAGCUGGUUCCGCUCCCUCUUCGUGCACAAGGUGGAUCCCCGCAAGGACGCGCAUUCCAACCUCCUCUCCAAGAAGGAGACCAGCAACCUCUACAAGAUCCAGUUUCACAAUGUGAAGCCGGAAUGCCUGGAAGCCUACAACAAGCUGACAGAGGAGGUGCUACCCAAGCUCCACUCAGACCCUGACUACCCCUGUGACCUGGUGGGCAACUGGAACACGUGGUACGGCGAGCAGGACCAGGCAGUGCACCUGUGGCGCUUCUCGGGCGGGUACCCGGCGCUCAUGGACUGCAUGAACAAGCUCAGGCAGAACAAGGAGUACCUGGACUUCCGCAAGGAGAGGAGCCGGAUGCUGCUGUCCCGUAGGAACCAACUGCUCCUGGAAUUCAGCUUCUGGAAUGAGCCCCAGCCCCGCCAGGGACCAAACAUCUACGAGCUGAGGACCUACAAGCUGAAGCCAGGGACCAUGAUCGAGUGGGGCAACAACUGGGCUCGGGCCAUUAAGUACCGCCAGGAGAACCAGGAGGCAGUCGGGGGGUUCUUCUCCCAGAUCGGGGAGCUCUACGUGGUGCAUCACCUCUGGGCCUACAGGAAUCUACAGUCCCGGGAGGAGACGAGGAAUGCAGCCUGGAGGAAGAGGGGCUGGGAUGAGAAUGUUUAUUACACUGUCCCGUUGAUCCGGACCAUGGAAUCACGGAUAAUGAUUCCCCUGAAGAUCUCCCCCCUGCAGUGAUUGGGGGCCCCCGGACUCCCCGCCCGUGCCCUGGCCCUGCUGGGGAAGGGCCGGGGGGCUUCUGCUCCCUCUGGCUCCCAGCUCUCUCCCCCAUCCCAUUUUGGGGUGCUCUGGGGGAUGGAGAGCAGAGAGGGGAAGAUGGGAGCCCCCCAUCCUGCGGUGGGUCCCCAGGAUGGUGCUGCUGGGGGGGCUGGGCAGGCUGUAGAGGGGCCUUAAUUGCUCCUGAUGAGCCCAGCCAGUGCCUUUGCUGCCAAUUAAAUAUUUAAUAUGCUAAA